GCAGAGGAGAGCUGCCACGGCAAUCAUCGGCUCCUUGCCCAGAGAAUUGAGCUGCUUGGAUUCGCGACGAGUUCCGGUCCUGCUGCAGCUGGAUCCGCGCAGUUUUCAACCAAUUUUGGACUAUUUCCAAUUUUGCUGACGAUGCAUUAAUUCUCGCUUGUUAGAUUUUUCUUCCGUCUCCCAUCGAGGGGAGCAUCGAGGUUUCGGAUCGAUAGUGCUGGACAGUCCGGGGGUUGAGAAAAUUGGGAAUCUUUGGGGUUUGCCUAUUUCGUCAGGAUUUUAGCAGCCGGGUCGUAGAUUGUGAGUGAGGUGAUGAUAAUUCGGAUCGCCGGAGAAACAAAUGGAUCCUGGAACAGAGACGACCUGGGCUUCGAGACUCAGAGGUCAAAAGAUAGAGAUGGAAAUAUUUACGGCGAAAUACUACGCAGCUUGUGCAGCUGGAGGAAUGGUAUCGGCCGGAAGCGUUCAUUUCCUCGUCACUCCUUUCGACAUGCUGAAGGUUAACAUGCAGGCCAACCCUGUGAAGUAUAGAAACAUUUGGUCAGGUUUUGGAAUCGUGUGGAAGGAGCAGGGAUUGCCAGGUUUGUGGAGAGGGUGGGGAGGAAAAUUAUUCGGAUACAGUGCUCAGGGUGCUUGUAAGUUCGGAUUAUACGAAUAUUUUAAAAAAUCGUAUUGUGACUUGGCCGGACCAGUCAACAGUUACUCCUACAAAACCCCUAUAUACCUGGCGGCGAGCUCUUCUGCUCAAGUAAUAGCUGACAUCGCUCUAUGCCCGUUUGAGGCCAUUAAAGUUCGCGUGCAGUCACAACCUGGAUUUGGAAAAGGUUUGGCCGAUGGGUUUCCAAAAGUGUACAGAUCGGAAGGGAUAAGAGGGUUCUACAAAGGACUUAUGCCUCUAUGGGGUCGAAAUGUUCCAUUUGCCAUGCUACUUUUUUCAUCGUUUGAACACUCAGUGGACUUCAUUUAUAGUCAAGUUCUACAAAGACGCAAGCUGGAAUGUCCACGAGGAGUUCAACUGGGAGUAACGUGUGUAGCAGGGUAUGUGUCUGGGGUAGCCGGCACAAUUGUGUCAAAUCCAGCGGAUAAUAUCAUCACCCAUAUGUACAAUAACAAGGGUGCAACAUUUUCACAGUCAAUCAAGAGCAUAGGAUGGGUAGGGCUUUUCACGAGAAGCUUACCCUUACGUAUAAUGCUUGUCGGGCCCAUAGUGACCACACAAUGGUUUGCCUUCGAUUUACUGAAGGUGUCAUUAGGCUUGCCAACUAGUGGAGGAAUGGAUCAGCAUGUAUCGUACAUAAAGUCAAGAACCAUGGAUCAAGCUCCGAUUGGAAACGCGGAGGGACUGUAAUCUGCAUAUGUACGCACACAAAUUUAUAGAUAUAUUGUCAGCCCCACCUUGCCCUAUAGUAUCGACUCAUCAUGAAGAGUCUACACAUGUAAUGCGUGAGGAUAACACUCCGCAGAGUCGGAGCCGAUCGGUCAUUAUUAGUUACAUCAACUCAGACGCAUAUAAUUAAAUUUUGUUAGAUUUUCCUACUCGAGUGUAGCUAACGAUUCAUGUUGUAGGCACAGUUCCACAAAUUCAGACGUAGUUGCAAGAAUCUGCUAUGAGUAUUUACGUCAGUUUAUAGAUACUUGUACGCAAAGUAGCAGCCGGUGUAGAUAUGGUGAUGACAUGGUGCUGAUGGUUUUCCAGCCGAUUGUCAGUCCAAAUUUGGGUUAUGGAAUUCAGUACGUUAAGGUGUCCGUAAAAAUGUCUUUGUCUUGAAUAUGUUUUUGUUCGAUUUCCACGCAAUGAUCGCGAAUGACGU